AUGUCUGCCCUUCUCACCACCAUCGGCCUCCGUGCCGCCCCUGGCCAAACAGCCGCCAACCACGCCUCUGGCUUCUUGAUCGCCAACUGGGUCUGGGCCUUCUGUCUCAUGAGCAACCGUGGCGCUAAAUUUCGUCUUGGUAUCGACAACAACGUCUGUCCCCGCGAUGACUUGACCACCUACGGCGAGGCAGCGGUCCAGGCUGGUAAAAUCAGUCGCAGCACACUCAACAAGCUGAAGCGUCGGGAGGCUGCCCAUGCCAAUGCUCAAGAGGGGUACCCUUUGUUUGUGGCGGCAAUUUUGAUCUCGCUGUUCGCUGGCGUUCCCAACGAGACCAUCAACACCAUCGGUCUUUGGUAUUCAGUGUCGCGUGUUGUGUAUAGUGUGCUCUACUCAAACGUUACUACCAAGUCUACCAGCUACCUUCGCUCGGUCGCGUGGUGGUCUGGCAACAUCAGCUGCAUCUAUGGUCUGGUUCAGGCCAGCAAGAAGCUGUAG